AUGGAAGACCAUCAUCAAGAAUUCGAGAAGCCCAUCUUCGAAUUCGUCCCUAACAAGCUCAGAAACUCUCGAGUUUCGAGAAACCGCAAGAUGAAGAAUGGCUUCAGAGAAUCUAUGAGUCAGUGCGAAGAGCUCUCUUGCUACUACGGAUUGAGGGAGAACCCUAAGAAAACCCAGAAAUCUCUACUCGUUCAUCCAAGGACGAAUAAGAAGAGUUUGAUUCGAUGCACAGAGUGUGGGAAAGGGUUUCUUUACGAGAAAUGUCUGAUGAAUCAUCGCCAAGUGACGCAUUCUGAAGAAUCUGUGAGAACAAGUUUGUUGUGUAGCUUCAGUGUUGUUCAGAAGAGAAAGAGAUCGAAGAGAGUUUCCAGGUACAAGAAGAAGAGUACUCCAUUCUCUGUUUCUUCUUCUUCUUCUUCGUUUACAAUGUUUCCUGUUUCUGUGGAUGAUGAUGGGGAGUUAUUAGAAGUCGCUGAGUCUCUGAUUCUGUUGUCUAUGAGUGGUGGUAAGUUCUUGAAUGGUUUGGAACUCUUUGGUAAAGCUUUGGAUUCGAAUCAGAGAGUAUCUGGAUAUGGGUUUUCGAGGAAUGAGCAAAAACUUGUUGCUGAAGCUGUGGAUGGAGACGGUGAAGAAUCUGAUGGAAGUUCGAAGGAGCUUUCGGAUUUCUUGGCAGACAAGAAGGCCAGGGAAGACGAUGAAUCGGGUCAGCAGAAGCAGGUAGGAGCUGAAAUGCUCAGAGAAGAAACCGAACAGAAACUUGUUCGUCAAGAAACUUUCUUUGAAGAUUCAGAUUCAGGAAAUAAAGGUUUUCAGAUGAACAUUGAUGAGCAUCGGUGUGGGCUCUGUGACAAGGUUUUCUCGACUUAUCAAGCUCUUGGUGGUCAUCAGACAUUUCACAGAAUAAGAAACAAGUCAAAAAGUCAAACCAAGAGAUGCAGAGACGAAUCAGUACUGGAAGUUGGAAGCUGA